UUUUCCACUGAUGAAUUAAUUGGCUGCGCUGUUUGUUUUUUGUUCUCACGCCGCCUCCCGGUGCUCUCAAGUUCCCGGAGCGCCGUUACUUUGUUUCCAGUGUAACGUCGCCACGCCGUUACUUUGUUUUCCACUGUUGUCCUGUCUCGAGCGCUGCGCUGCUGGCCAGAUGGCGGCUCGAGGUAAUCUACUUAGCAGCGCGCGCCGCAUGUUGUGAAUGAGAGAGGUCACAACGGCGGAGAAAAUUAUUUCAUUCUAGUCAUGUUUGGGAAGGACUGUGCUGUUCAGCUGGAGAGGUAUCUGCCACCGCCGACAGACAGAUUGUGAAAUCCUAGCUAUCAUGUGAAGGCUUUGGUUGUGGUCUGUGUGUGUGUGUGUGUUCUCGCACACACGUGUGUGACAGUGUUACAGAGAGCUAAGCUUCGUGGCCUUACCCUAGGGGCACUGACCUGUAAAAAAAAAAUGUCCCUGUAACCUGGGAGCCAUGAAACCAUGACAGUCAUCACUUAUUCAAGCGCUGAUGGAAGACUUCCAGAAGAAAUCCAGGGUCUAGAACACUCCUUCGCCUCCAGGAAUGGUCCAGAAACCCCAUCUGAGAUUCUGGAGGCUUGGAGCAUCCUGGAGCCCUGGGAGAAUCCAGUUCUGAAAUCUUGCGGGGGCAAAGGCCAGAGCAGGACCAAACGAAAAAGAGGGAGGGAAAAUAAGGGAGGAGCAAGUGAAGAGAAAUUGCGAGGAAUGAGAGGAACAUGGAGCACAGAAGUCAGCGGUGAGAGGAUGGAGACAGGUGGGAAAAAGGAGCAAUGGAACUCACGGAAUGGCUGCAAAUGGAAAGUUGGGAAAGAGUUCAAAGACAAUAGGAAAACCGGAGUGGAAGGAGAGAACAACGGGGAUUGCAGGAGCAAGGCCGACUUCUCUCUGAUUCUUACACUCUCAGGAAGAGAAGACAAGGAAGUGAAAUGGAAGAAGAGGAAGGGUUGGGAUUUUUUCACGAGGCUGGAAAACAUCAGUAAAGGGAUGUGUGGAGUUAAACAAGCAAAGAAAGGCAUGAUGAAAGAGAUGAGGUGCUGUCACAUCUUCCUCUGGCUACCUCUCCUCUUCCUCAGCCUGUGGCCAGAAGCUGUGUCAUCACAGGGCAAUUUCCCACGGUUGGAAAACAUUGCUGCCUUCAAACCGGUGUCCACCUCCCCAGCCCGUUUCACCUGUGGGGUUCCAGAGCGGAGCGCCUACUGCCAGCCCCCUUCCACCCAGACGGAGCUACUAGGCUGCUCUCAGGCCUUCUGUGUCCAGGAGUGUCCCUAUAGAUCCUCCACACCUCCAUAUGCCCCACUGCUGCUGCCUGCACACAGAGGCACCUGUGUAACUGAGGACAGCAAUGACACUCGUCCAGGAACACAGACACAGCCUGAGACUACACCCAGUACCAGUUCAGAGAGGCUUUCCACUGGAUCCAGUAGUGUGGUGUUUCAGUCACAGCAGGAGGGAUGCCUGGUCUCUCCCCCCUCGCAGAACCUGGGAUCAAUGGGAUCCAUCACCCUGGCAUUGUGGAUCAAACCAAGGGCUCCAGGAGAGAUGGUGCUGCUAGAGAAGAGCUCAGUGGGGCGUUUGGUUUUCGUCCUGGCGGUGUCCGAGCAAACAGUCAUCCUGCGCUACAGUCAAUCCAACACUCAGCCACCUCUGACUGUCAGCUUCCGGACUGUUGGCAGGCUCACACUGGAUAGGUGGACACACCUGGUGCUACAGGUCCAUGACAGGCAUGUCAGUCUUUUCCUGGAUGGGCUUGAGGCGGAUGGGAUGCCCUUUGACACACAACCUCUGAACUCUAGGCUCCAUGACAUCAGAGAAGACAGCACCAUGUGGGUGGGACUCAGCUCCAACGGAUCUAAUCAGUUCAUUGGCAAGAUGCAGGACUUCAGAUUUUAUCCUACCACACUGACCAAUAGGGAGAUAGAGGAGUUGUACUCAGGGGUCCUGCCCCACCUCCAUGUCCAGUCAGAGUGCCGCUGUCCUCCCAGCCACCCCAGGGUGCACCCAUUAAUUGAGAGAUACUGUAUUCCCAAUGCCGUUGAGGACACCACCAAUGACAGAGUGUUAAGGGUGAACCUGAAUGCCCAUCCACUCAGUUACAUCAAUGACCAGGACAUGGGCACCGCCUGGUUGACAAAGACCAUGUCCACACAGGAGAUGGAUGAAGGAGUCACUGUUACUGUAGAUUUGGCUAACGGGCAUUAUCAGGUGUUUUAUGUUAUAGUCCAGUUUGGCGGCCUGUUGCCAGAGGCGGUUCUGAUCCAGAGACGGAUUUAUAAUACAACAGAGCCACCGAGUGCUGCCAGCACACAGCAGCCCUGGCUGGACUGGCAGUAUAUGGCCAGAGACUGCGGCGUGUUUGGACUGCAGAACAACGGGGUUCUACUAAGACCAGACUCCGUCAACUGUCUGCAGCUGCCCAGUGAGGCACCCUUCUCAGGAAGUAACAUCACAUUCAGCCUGCUGACCCCAGAGCCCAACCUAAGGCCGGACUACAAUGACUUCUACAGCAGCCCCGCCCUGCAGAGGAUGGUACAGGCCUCCCAGGUCAGGAUACAUCUGCGCGGGCAGUACCACACCAGAGCAGCGGGGGUGAACCUCCGACACAGAUACUACGCCAUCAGGGAGAUCACCAUCAGUGGCAGAUGUGAUUGUCAUGGUCAUGCAGACCACUGUGAUACCAGUGUGACUCCCUACCGCUGUCAGUGUCUGCCUGAGAGCCACACAGAGGGAGACAACUGCGAGCGUUGUGCACCCCUCUACAAUGACAAGCCUUUCAGGUCAGGUGACCAGCUCCAGCCAAUGAGCUGCAGGCCUUGCCAGUGUCACGGCCAUGCCCACUCCUGCCAUUAUGACGUCCAAGCCGAUGACCACCCAGACGAGCACUAUCGAGGAGGCGGAGGAGUGUGUGACAACUGCAUGCACAACACUAUGGGUAAGAACUGUGAGCUGUGUACCAGUCAGUUUUUCAGGCUGCAGGAAGUGGAUCCCACUUCAGUUGACGUUUGUCAGCCCUGCAACUGCCACACUGCUGGGACAGUCAGCGGCAGUAUGGAGUGUGACCAGGUCGGAGGUCAGUGUCGCUGUAAGGCUGCAGUCGAGGGUCGUCAGUGCACAGACUGUCUGCCUGGAUGGUUUGGCCUUCAGGCCUGGCAUCCGGAGGGCUGUGUCCGCUGCAACUGCAGCAACAAAGGCGUGAUCCACAGCUCAGGAGGAGGAGAUCCAGGCUGUGAUCAGGACACAGGGCAGUGCCCGUGUAAACCUCACAUCACAGGUCUUUCCUGUGACCGCUGUGAGUUUGGUUAUUGGAAUCUGUCCCACCCAGACGGCUGUGUCCCAUGUGACUGCGACCCCCUGGGGUCCCUCAGCCCGUUCUGUGAGCCCGAGGGGGGCCAGUGUGAAUGUAAGCCUGGGGUGGGGGGGGCGGCGUGCGACUCCUGUGGCAGGGGGCUGUAUGGUCUGAGGCUGGAGGGGUCUUGUACCCCCUGCAACUGCUCAAAGGAGGGAACCUCACCUGGGACAGAAUGCAAUCCUCAUACAGGACAGUGUGUGUGCAAGGAACAUGUGGAAGGCCGCCGCUGUGAUUCCUGUCGUCGUGGUUACCACAGCCUGGAGCGGCGUAACUCUCUGGGCUGUCUGCCUUGUGUGUGUGACGUCACUGGCACUCAGCCAGGUGGUGUUUGUGAUGCAUUGACGGGACAGUGCCCGUGUCAAGAGGGGGUGGAAGGGGCGAUGUGUACCCACUGCGCCCACAACUACUACAACAGGAGUUCAGACAUCCAGGCAGAGGGUUGGUCCCAGGGCUGUGUCCCAUGUACCUGCGACCCCAAAGGAACAGUGGCUGGGACGGUGUGUGACAGCACUACAGGCCAGUGUGUGUGUAAACCCACACGCCACGAACGGGACUGCAGUGGCUGCCGACCCGGCUUCUACCUCAGCGCAGAGGAAAGUGUGUGUGUUGAGUGUGACUGCCAUCCCAUCGGCGCAUCGCAGCAUGGUUGUGAGAGCCAGACGGGACAGUGUGUGUGUGCCGACCCCUCGGUGGGAGGACGACGCUGUGACCAGUGUCAUGACAUGUACUAUGGAUUUAACCCAGGCCUGGGCAGAUGCCAGCCUUGUUCAUGUGACCCACUGGGCAGUGUCAAUGGUUCCUGCCACCCAGACUCAGGUGUGUGUUUGUGUAAACUGCUGGUGGCUGGAGAUCGAUGUGAUGAGUGUCAAUUUGGAGCAAGUCAUCUGGAUCCUGAGAACCACCUUGGUUGCAGCAAAGCCCCCUCUCAGCAACCUGCCCCAGUUGGUUUUUCCCUCAGUUUUUCGUCUAUCCGGCUCUCUUGGCACCCUCCCGACUCCCCAAACACAAACAAGCUCAACUACACACUCAUCAGGGAUGGACUGGCAGUGCACAGCACCCAAAGUCACUAUCCGUUCGGCCCUGAGUCACAUGUGGACACCGGUUUGUCUCCAUACACUAACUACUCCUACUGGCUGAGAACGGUGAAUGUGGCUGGACAGACAGAAAGUGCGACGGUCACCUACCAGACUUUAGCAGCGGCACCUGAAGCAGACCAGCUCCAUUUAAACCUGGUGGGACGGCCGGGUCCUAGGAGCGCUAGUUUUAACUGGACCACACCACGAAACGAUACUGGCCCAGUGGAGAGAUUUGUGCUGUCCUCCAUGGAGUCAAGUGAAGCAGCGCCCAUCAUCCAGUACAGAGGUUUGUCUACAGAGGCAGUAGCAAGCGGUCUCAAGCCAUUCACCCAAUACAACUUCACUUUGCAGGCGUGCUCUGCUGGAGGGUGCACCUCUACCCAUCCACUGUCUGUCCUGACGGCCACCGCACCCCCGCAGAACCAGCCUCCACCCAGGAGCAAUGCUACGGGUCCACAUACACUGCAUGUUACAUGGGACCCCCCCAGCCAUCCAAAUGGAGUCAUUACACGAUACGAAGUUUUUCUACGAGGACCAAUGGAAUCGCAGAACCUCACAAGCCCCGCCCCAGAAAAGAGGGUGUUCUUGAGCUCUGGUUGGCCAGAUCCAAGUGACUCUCAAGACACACCAAUGGAAACCAACGGGAGCAUCACGGUACCCCCUGAGAGAAGUGCCAUGGUAACGGGUCUGCAGGCAUUUUCAACCUAUCAGACGAGAGUUGUAAGCGUCAACAUGGCAGGUGGUGUGACAUCAGAGUGGACCACAACACGUACCAUGGAGGGAGCUCCAGAGUUCAUGGCUCCUCCGGAAGUGUCCGCAGUAUCUUCCACCAGUCUGAAGGUUACCUGGAGCACCACUGAGGGUCACGGGGUCAUUGCCAGAGGAAAGGUCACAGAAUACCGGGUCAACUUACUCACCGAACAGAGCAACAAUCCCUACGCUCCGCCGGUUAUUAGUCAGGUCUUGCAUAGAGUGGGGCCAUCUUCUCAGCCUGUUUAUUUAGUGACAGGAUUGAAACCGUACCAUAUGUAUAACUUCACUAUUACACUCUGCACUAAGGCAGGCUGUGUCACCAGUCUACCAAGCACCGGACAGACUCUACCUGCAGCUCCAUCAGGGUUGUCGCAGCCUAGAUUACAUCAAGUGAAUGAAAGCACCAUUCAGAUCAAUUGGGACCCCCCAGCCCAACUCAAUGGGCCACACCCACUCUACCAGGUGGAGCGAACAGACGUUUCUCUGUCUGAUCCACGGGACCCUGUCGUCAGGGGGACCAGGUUCCCAGGCAGCAGUUACUACCGCUUUCCCAGUGACACCCUUCCUGUUAACACAGACUUUACAGGUGUUGAGUUGAGUUUCAGGACUCGGGCCCCGAAUGGCCUGUUGCUGUGUGCCUUCUCUCCAGGGAAUCAGGAUGAGUUCCUCGCUCUGCAGAUAAGAAACGGGCGGCCGUACUUUCUAUUUGACCCACAGGGUUCUGCGGUGGCUGUGAGCGUACGUGGUGAUGGAGGCCGACGCUACAACGAUGGACAGUGGCACAGCGUCAUGGCAACAAGGCGAGGGGCCGUGGGAACAAUCGUUGUUAACAAUCAAUACAGAGGUAGUACAUCGGCCCCCAGCGGCAGCACCAUUAUUGGUGAAAACACCGGGGUGUUCAUUGGAGGCCUACCUGAAGACUUCAGUCUGCUAAGACAGGAUUCAGGUGAUGCCCAGUUGGUGCGACAAGGCUUCUCUGGUUGUCUUAGAGACGUGCGUUUUAAGACAAGCGACAGCCCAUCAGAGGAGUGGAAACGCCUGGACUGGGCAACUGCCACUGAGAGGGUGGCAGCCUACGAGAGCUGGGAGGGAUGUCCUGUCCAAACUGUGGACGGAGCUCAUUUUCUGGGUCAAGGUUAUUUGGAGUUGAGCAGAGAUGUGUUCAGUGGUGGAGAGAGCUUUGACAUUAGUAUGGAGUUCAGAACAGACCAGCUCAGUGCCGUGUUGCUCUUCACGUACAACACACACUCUAAAGACUACAUGCUGGUGGAGCUGGAAAGUGGUCUCCUCUCCUUUAUUCUGUCUUGGGGAGGUCAUGUGACUGAGCUCGUCUUGUGGGUGGGGCUUGGCUACUGUGACGGAGACUGGAACCAGCUCUCGUUGGCGAAACGCGGCUCAUUAAUCUCUGCUGCAGUCAAUGACUGGGCAGAAGAGAUGAGAGGCUUGGGAGGAGCAGCGAGGCUGAGAGUUGAUUCACCAGUGUAUCUGGGGGGCUUACCCACCACGCUCAUACACCCUGCACUGGCCAGCCGAAAUCACAAACACGGCCUUGGUGGCUGCAUAAGGGGUGUGACCAUUCGAAGUGAUGAAACCAAAACUGUCAGUCGGCCUGUUAAUCUCUACGCUGCCACCCGCCGUUCUGUGAGAGUCAACCUCGAUGGCUGUCCAACCAGUGAGAGCCGCUUCCACUGUCGAGGAAAUGAUUCGGUUUUGGUGUACACUGGGAAAGAGACACAAACCAGAGAUUACAGCCUGCAGCCUUUCACUGAGUACUUGUACAGGUAUGUGGCUUUGGCUGCAGGAGGCUGGGCAGCAGGACCUUGGGAGAGAGGACGCAGCCAAGGCACAGUACCCAGGCACGUCCCGCCCCCGAUCGCAGCUCAGAGUGAGAGUGGCUUCAGUGCCAAAGUGACCUGGGCCCCGCCCACUGGUGAUGUCAGAGGGGUCAUUGACAGGUAUGAGCUGAGGGCCUAUGAUCGAAACCGGCUGGAUGCAGCGCCUGUUACAGCCGUAUAUCCAGCUGAUGGAAAUUUCACAGGUGUGUUGUCAGGUCUGACUCCAUUCACUCGUUACAUCGUCACAGUGAGCGCCUGUACUCCUGUCGGCUGUACUGAGAGUCUUAAUAAGGACAACACUGAUGAUGAUGACGGGAGAUGGAGCCUUACUACCCCAGAGGAAGCUCCACAAGCUGUCUCCGCUCCAGCUGGGGUCUCAUCCCCCUCCGCUCUCUAUGUUACCUGGGGACCCCCAGCAAGGCCCAAUGGACCCAUUACAGAGUACAUCCUCUAUCACAACGACAGAAUGGUCUACAGGGGGAAUGACAGACAGCUCAACAUCACUGGUCUAGGUGUGUAUUCCACCCAUGUGCUGGUGCUGAGUGCGUGUACGUCGGCCGGCUGCACAAACAGCUCCCAGGUCACAAUGUUAACCUCCCAGCUUCCCCCUGGGCCCCUGCAAACACCAACCCUUACCCUGCUGGACUCACGGACCAUUCUGGUGGAGUGGUCCCGCCCCUCCCAGGUAAACGGCGUUUUGCAGUCCUAUUCCAUCUUCCUGUCACGUAACGGGGCGGAGCCUGUCUUGGCCUAUAACAGCUCAGAACUGUUUGAGGACCACACACUCCGCAACCUGACCCCUGGAACAGUUUACACCAUCACACUGGCUGCCUGCACAGGAGGAGGGUGCACCUCAAGCCCCGCCAGUCAGGUCCGGACGCAGGAGAGCACCCCAGAGAAUGUUCCAGCACCCAUCGUCACCCCUUUGUCCCCCCGUACACUCAACGUUAGCUGGAGGCCUCCUGAAACUCCCAAUGGUGUAAUAACCAGCUAUGGUCUGUGGCUGGAUGGAGCGCUUGUUUUAAACUCCAGUUCCUCCCAGAGGUUCUUCGUGGUUGAGGGACUCUCUCCAUGGAGCCGACACACGCUCAGACUGCAGGCCUGUACGGCACAGGGCUGUGGCAAGGGACCGGUGGUGGAGGUGCAUACAUUGGAGACAGCCCCAGAGGGCCCAGUUUUACUGGAGCUGACCAAUCAGAGCUCUCGAACGCUUCGAGCCCGCUGGACAGCCCCACCCAGGCCAAAUGGGAGCCUCAAUUACACGCUGCACUACACAAGCAAAGAUGGUGAUGGUGUAUUGGAUGGAGGUUUGUCAGCAGGCAGCUGGUUGUCCGUGACUGACCUGCAGCCUUAUACCAGAUACACCUUCUGGGUCAGAGGAUGUAACACACAGGGCUGUGUGCAGAGCCUUCGUCGUACUGUUACCACUCCUCCAGCCGCCCCAGAUGGGUUGUCGCCCCCCAGGUUGGUUGAUGCCACUGGUGACAGUCUGAAUGUUUCCUGGUCUGCGCCUGCGUAUGCCAACGCACCGGGUCCACUCUACUACAGCCUGCACAUGAGGGCAUCACCACAGAGGCCUGUGAUACGGCUCUUGGAAAAUGUAACAGACACCUUUUCCUAUUCUGUGGAGGGCCUGUCUCCAUACACACUCUACCUGUUCAGAGUGGUGGUUUCACACACACACGGGCAGACAGCCAGCUCCUGGGCCAGCCUGCGCACCGCAGAGGACAGUCCAGGACCAGUGGAUGCCCCAGCUGUAUCGGGGAUUCAUCCUCGUAGCGUGACAGUUUCCUGGCUCCCUCCUUUCCAACCAAAUGGGCUCAUAACCAAUUACACCCUCUAUCUUCACCCUGGCUCGAGUAUUGCCGCAGCUCCCAGCCCCAGUCCUCUCUCUAGCCCCGGCAGUAACCUCAGCUCCAGCUCAGGUCUUCGCCCCAGCCCCUUGCCUGGCACUAGUACUAAUAACGUUCCAGGCUUCAACUCAGGUCUUAACCUCAGGACAACAUCCAGUCUUACACCAGAUUCAAGCUCCGUGCCCAUGUCUUCCAUCAGCACAGGCAUCUCAAGCACAAUCCAGGGCACUUCCUCCAACUUGCUCACUACCCUCAUCUCCAGCUCCAGGCCUGGUAAUUUAGAGGGCAACCAAGUCAGUUCCAACACUGAUAGCAACACAAGCCACGGCCCCAGCUCCAUCUCAAUCCACCCGACUGAAUCCAACGGCAUCACCAGUGCAAGCUUAGGCCCCGGCCCCUUACUGUCCAGCACAACCAGAUCCAAUAUUAUAUAUAAUGCAAACCAAGACCUCACCCAUGGCGUUGUUUCCAGUUCCAGCCCUCUGUCAGUAACUGUUCCUGGUAACACCACCAGUUACACCUUCCUCAACCUGCUGCCAUACCAGAGCUACAGCCUACAGGUGGAAGCAUGCACCAAUGUGGGUUGUUCAGUGUCUGGGCCAUCCCAGCAAUUUCGCACCCCCCCAGCUCCCCCUGAAGGGGUCCCAGCUCCCCACCUGUACUCUGACACCCCCACCUCUGUCCUCCUAUCCUGGGGAGCACCAGAGAGGAGCAAUGGACCACUGGAAGGGUGGCUGGUAGAGCGGAGAGUGGCUGGUACUGAUCAAAUCUCCACAGUGGGCCAUCUCCCUCCAGCCCCGCCCCCUCUCUCCUUCCUGGACUCUUCCUCUGCCCUGAGCCCCUGGACCAGUUACCAGUACCGUCUGGUGGCCAACACCCAGGCUGGCCACACUGCUGGACCUUGGGUCAACAUUACCACCAGACCUUCUCGGCCAGCCGGUCUCAAUCCACCGAGGGUGACCGUCCAAGGGCCAGAGUCAGUCCAGGUCUCUUGGUCCCCUCCUCUCAUUCCCAACGGGGAAAUCCAUGGUUAUGAGAUCCGCUUCCCGGAACCCCGAGUUCUCCAUGAAAACGGCAAUGCUUCUGAGCUCAGUGCCACGAUAACAGGCCUUAUUCCGUACACCAACUACAGUGUCACAAUAUUGGCAUGCUCCGAGGGUGGUGGCCAUGUUGGAGGAUGCACGGAAAGCCUGCCCACUCCAGUGACUACGUUUCCCACAAUUCCCCAAGGCCUGGCGCCACUGGCAGUGGUUGCUGUAAGUGAGUCCUUCCUGGCCGUAUCCUGGCAACCACCUAGCAGGCCCAAUGGACCAAACAUCAGAUACGAGCUGCUCAGACGUAAAACCCACCAGCCCCUGGCCAUCGCCACGGUCCCCACAGUAACAGCCCUGCCUCCUCCCCCCUCCGAAGAUCUCCAUCGCUGGCUCCAUGUUUACUCCGGCACCAAAUUGUUCUACCAAGAUAAAGGCCUAAGCAGAUUCACCUGGUACCAGUACCAGUUGUUGGUCCAUAACGAUGUGGGCUCCUCCUCAGGAGACAUUGUCACUGCGGUCACCAUGGCGGGGGUCCCCCUGCACCCCCCCUCUCUGUCUGCCCUUCCUGUCAAUCACACUGCUGUACAGGUCAACUGGACACAGCCCUCUCUGCAGGACCUGCAGGGAGGGGUGGAGUCUUACUUUCUCACACUAGACUCCUCCCACCUCAGUCGAACGUUAGCCUUCCCUCGCGGGAUCGUCUCCGCGGUGAUCGGUGACCUCUGGCCCAGUACCACAUACAGUGUGUCAUUACAGGUGUUCAACGGAGCACAUAACACCACUACGAUAACAGUUAACGUCACCACAAAGGACGGAGAACCAGAAGGGAUGCCCGCACCAGAGGUGGUUCUGGUUAACAGCAGUGUGGUGCGCGUGCUCUGGUCCCCUCCUCUACGGCCUAACGGAGCAGUUACUGGUUACCAUAUUUACGUUGACGACCGUCUCCAUGGCAGCAUAGACAACAGCUCAGGGUCAUACCUGCUGGGGGACCUGCUGCCUUUUACUGUGUACAAUGUGCAGGUGGAGGUGUGUACUGUGUAUGCAUGUGUCAAAAGUAACGUUACCCAGAUGACCACAGUCGAGGACCUGCCUGCUGACCUGGCCGUCCCACGUACACUAGUGCUGAGUCCCAGGGCGGUGAAGUUGGAGUGGUCCAGUCCAGGCAGACCCAAUGGGAUCAUGCUGGGCUAUGAGGUCCGAAGACGGACCCUGAGGUCAUGUGGUGGUGGGUCGGCAGGGGUCACAGCCCCUCAGGUGGAGGAGUCAAGAGGUACAAGUGGCAGGGGGGACAGGUGUACCUACCUGCAGUGUCCUGCCACUCAUAGUGUGUGUGGGACAUCCUGCCUCCAGCCUGAAACACAGGUUUGCUGCAAUGGAGUAUUGUACACAUGGGAGCCACAUCAUCAGUGCUGUGAGGGGCGUUACCUGGCCCUCAGUAACUCCUCCCGCUUUGUCUGCUGUGGAGGGAAGCUCCUCCCACUUCGGCCCAAUCACCAGUGCUGUGGGGAAUAUUACGUUCCUGUGCAGACCGGUGAGCACUGCUGUCCUGACCCCUCUCAGGGCCGGGUCUCAGUGGGACUGGGUGACAGCUGCUGUGGCGGGGUUCCCUACUCAGUUAAAGGGGGCCAGCUCUGCUGUGGAGGGGGCCUUCAUGAUGGCUACGGGGUCCAGUGUUGUGGAGGCCAAAUCGUAGAUGAUGCACUGGUGUGCUGUGGUGAUGCUGAGAGGGGGGAAGUCCAUACACACACUCCAGGUUUUGUCUGCUGUGGUCAGGACUACAUAAACUCAUCCACCUCUCUCUGCUGUGUGGACUAUGAUGGAUAUCCCACAAUGCACCCAGCUGGCAAUACUACCGUGGCACUACGUUGCUGUGGGUCAAAGGUCAUAUAUCAGGAAGAGGAAUGCUGCAACGGGAUUGGCUAUGACCCUCAACGACAUGUGUGUGCUGACCGACCUACACCUGGACUGUUAACAGAGCCCCAGUGUUUGCAGGGUGCUGUGUGUGCGAUAGCUGCGGCCUCUACGGCUUACUGUGGCUCCUGUGACAUAGAUCCAUCUACGACUGCCUGCACAUGGGUCCUGUCUGCACACAAACACUCUUCAGCAACAACAUAUUCACCUUCCAUGACCACCGCAUAUGAAGCUGACACCACCGACCUGCAUCCGUACGCACGCGGAAGAGGCAGCGCACACAAUCAAACCCGCUCUGACAAGCUGCUGUUUGAGAGAAGCCUGUGUCCGUCUCAUGAGAAGGUGGUGUACAGUGGAGACGCCAACAGAUACACCUACACAGACUCUGAUUUGGAUCCCUUUACCACCUACGAGUACAGAGUGAGAGGCUGGAACAGCUUUGGACGAGGCUCCAGUGAUGGUGUCACUGUGACCACCAAUGAGGACAAACCCUGGGGACUGGCACCGCCCCGUUGGAGUCGCCUAGGCGACCGAGAUGACAUCAUCCAGUUGCACUGGCAAGCUCCUGCCAGGCCCAACGGUAACCUCACCCACUAUGUUGUGCUGCGUGAUGGACAGGAGCGUUACCGUGGUGAUGAAAACAGCUUCACUGAUGUGGGCGGGAUCAGGCCUUUCCGAGAAUACAGCUACCAGCUGCGGGCCUGUAACCGCGCUGGUUGUACCGACAGUGCACAGGUGGUGGCAGUGACCGUCCAGGGAAUGCCAGAGGGGGUGCCGUCUCCCGUGGUAACAGCCUUAAGCCCCUCCUCCCUCCAUGUGAGCUGGUCCGAGCCGGGCCAGGCCAAUGGCGUGGUGCAGCAGUACCACCUCAACCAGACUGGAGCAGGAACCAUAUACACACACACAGACGGACCCAGAAAUUACACUGUGACCGGUUUGCAGCCAUACACAGACUACAGUUUUGUGCUGGUGGCCUGUACAGCUGUCGGCUGUGGUGCCAGCCCGCCUUCCACAGGACGAACACUGCAAGCCUCCCCUGCUGGCGUGUGGUCAACACCCAGACACCUGAUCGUAAACACAUCUGCCGUGGAGCUGGACUGGGAUCAGCCAUCGUGGCCUAACGGGGAGAUUUCCCAAUACAGGCUGAUCAGAGACAACCGCACUGUUUUUACCGGAGACCACCGUCACCAGAACUAUACUGACACUGGACUGCUGCCAAACCGCAGGUAUGUGUAUGAGCUGGAGGCCAGUACAGCUGGUGGGAGCACUCUGAGUGACAGAUAUGUUAUCCAAACUCCACUUUCCUGUCCCACUGGGAUCCCGCCUCCCCACGAUGUCACAGUGACUGGCCCCCAUUCCAUCUUCCUCGCUUGGACCCCUCCUGCUCAGUUCAACAGCAGCCAGCCUGUGAAUUACAACAUCCUGUUGAACCCAGGAAGUGACAGGGCCAUAACACGUGCAGCUGGGCAGAACUUGCACCUCAAUGUGACAAACUUAGAGCCUUUCAGCACUUAUUACAUCCGAGUCCAGGCCUGUCAGAUAGACGGAUGUGGAGUUGGUGAGGGUGUUUACAUUCAGACUUUAGAGGCCCCGCCAGAAGGCUUGCCUCCUCCCACAGUGAAGGCAGCUGGAGCAAAAGUCCUGGAGAUCCUCUGGUCACCCCCCACUAAACCCAACGGGCUUAUCACCUCUUACUUCAUAUACCGGCGUCCAGUGGGAACAGAGGAGGAGCUGCUGGUUUUCAUUUGGUCCAGUGGGCCGCUGGAGUUCAUUGACGCAAGCCAAGCCCUGCGGCCUUUCAGCCAGUUUCAGUACAGAGUUCGUGCACAGAACUCCAAAGGUUCAGUUCUCAGCCAAUGGGCUUCAGUUGUCACCCUGGAGGCGGAGCCAGAAGAUAUGGCCCCUCCUACUGUCACACCCACCAGUGCAUACUCAGUCCAUCUGAAGUGGAGUGAACCACGACACCCCAAUGGUCUCAUUUCGCAUUACAGACUGGUUUAUAAAAAACACCAACAGGACCCAACGCUCAACACAUCUGUUGUUACAGCUCUCACUGUAGAGGGCUCAGUCCUAGAAGCAGCUCUCUCUGGUCUGGAGCCAUACAGCGAGUACAGUCUUCGCAUGGAAGCCACAAAUGGAGCAGGGACUGUGGCCAGUCCGUGGGUGGGCAUUAGGACCCUGGAGGCAUCUCCAGCUGGCCUCACUAACUUUACAGUGGAGCAGAGGGAGCAGGGCAGGGCGUUACUGCUGAGCUGGGAUCAGCCAGAUACACCUAAUGGAGCCAUCACGAUGUAUAAUCUGUAUAGUGAGGGGAAUUUGGAGUUCAGCGGCCUGUCUCGCCACUUCCUCUUUCGUCGCUUGGAACCGUGGACUGUUUAUACUUUGACUCUUGAAGCCUGCACCUCAGCAGGCUGCACGCACACUCCUCCUCAGCACGUCACCACAGCAGCAGCCCCACCUGCCUCUCAGCCCCCUCCCAGGCCUCUCUUCAUCGGCCCAGACCAGGUGUCACUUGUCUGGGGCCCACCCUCCCAGCCCAACGGGCCAAUUGGAGAGUACUCCCUGCUUGGGCGGAGUCUGGAGGAUAGGGGGAGGGAAAGGAGUGGUGAAGAGGAUCUCGAGAGGGGAAAGGUCUUAUUCAGAGACACCUCCCCAGGGGAAGCUGACACUUUCUCCUACACAGUGACCGGUUUGCGUCCCUGGACACAGUACCAGUUCAGCGUCCAUGCUCACAACCCCGCCGGUCACACCCACAGCCCCUGGAUUACCGUAACAACCAGACAGGCACCCCCCCGUGGCUUGUACCCUCCAACAGUUACUCACCUCCAAGGCCGACCCACUGAGCUGCUGGUGUCCUGGACUCCUCCCCUGGAAUCCAAUGGGGUCCUUGUGUCUUACAGGAUUCAGAGAAACAAUGUCAACUUCUCAUUUAGUUUUGACCCUGCUGUCCUUAGUUACACGGAUGAAGACCUCUUGCCUUUUUCAACAUACAGUUAUGCAGUCAUAGCCUGUACGUCUGAGGGGUGUGUCACCAGCCCUCACACAAACAUCACAACCCUGGAGGCCCCCCCUGCUGUAGUGGAUGCUCCUGCAGUGAACAACAUCACAUCCCACUCUAUGAACAUUUCCUGGAGCGUCCCACUGACUCAGAACGGGGAAGUGACAGAAUAUGUGCUUAAAAUGAACAACGAAGAGGCUUACCGCGGGAGAGGCUUGCAUACAGUCCUAUCAGACCUGCACCCCCACAUGUCAUAUGAACUCAUCUUAUUGGCUUGUACCAGUGGUGGGUGCACUCCCAGCACCACAGUUUCCACAGUAACUGAGGAGGCCCCUCCCACUGGUCUACAUGCUCCAACUCUUAAGGUCACUGGCCCGGAGUCGGUGGAGGUUAGCUGGACAGCACCAGAACACCCUAACGGCAUCAUCACAGGGUAUGAGCUCCGCAGGGAUGGUGAAGUCAUCUACGUUGGUAUGGAAACACGUUACCAUGACUUCACGCUUUUGCCAAGUGUGGAGUACAGCUAUGUUGUUAGGGCCAACAACAGCAGAGGGGCAGCGAGCAGCACGGCAGCCACAGCCAGGACUCACCCAUCAGCUCCUUCUGGUGUCGGGCCCCCCGCCCUGCAGGGUGUGGGACCAAACCAGGUGAGCGUGGACUGGAGCGCUCCAGCCCGUCCUAAUGGAGACAUUGUGAGUUACACUGUGUACCAGCGAGAUCUAGUCCAACUCAGCACCACCAGCACUGUGUUCACUCCAGAGCACAAUGCUUUUUCUGACCGGCACGUCACACUGGAUGGGCUGGCUCCGUACCACAGGUACGAGGUGAGGGUGGAGGCUUGCACAGAGCUCGGCUGCUCCUCCAGUGACUGGUCCUCUAUUCUCACUCUGGAGGCUCCCCCUGCUGGUCAGACAGCACCACUGUUAGAUCUGCAGCCAGACACACACAGCGGCCUGCAGACCACCUUCCUGCUGUCCUGGUCCCCCCCGGCCCAGCCCAAUGGCAAAAUCCUGCACUAUGAGCUGUACCGCAGGCUGGACCGUACCUCUGAGGCCCGUGGAGGUUCUGUGGUGACGCUUGUCUGCAAGAAUGUUUCCACUAAUUGCAGGGAUGAGGGACUCCAGCCAUAUACAUCAUACCAGUACCAGGUCUGGGCGGUGAACUCAGCCGGGCGUUCUGCCAGUCCAUGGGCCAAUGGGAGAACAGGACCUGCUCCACCUGCAGGUGUAGGCCCACCCACCUUCAUGCGCAUCUUAGCAACCUCAGCAGUGGUGGACAUCCGUCCUCCAGCCCACCCCAACGGGAUUGUGAGCCUUUACAGGGUUUUCUCAGUGGACCGCAACACUCAAACUCUGCUUUCAGAGGGUACGUCGCAUCAGCAGACACUCCACGGUCUGAGGCCCUAUACACAGUACUGGGUAGGAGUGGAGGCCUGCACCUGUUACCAGUGUUGUAGCCAAGGUCCAGUGAGUGAACUGCGGACCCUGGCUGCACCCCCAGCCCGCCAGCCCCCACCUCGCCCCCUCACCCUGACCUCCCGCUCUGCUCAGCUGGAAUGGGACGAGCCUCUGGCACCCAAUGGAGUCAUCGAGAGCUGUGAGCUACAUGUCAGAUCAUCUUGCCCCCAGCCCCCCCAACCUGUGGCCGUCCCCUGUGUGGAGGGACCAAUAGAAACUUGUUUCUUUGGCAAGGGGCGGAGCUACAAUGUGACAGGUCUCCAGCCAUACUCCAGCUAUCAACUGAGAGCUGCCUGCUCCAACAGCAUGGGCAGCACUGCCUCCAGCUGGACGACUGUCACCACACUCCCUGAAGCCCCCCAGUAUGUGUCUCCGUUCUCGGUGGACAGUAACCUGACGCUGGUUUGGUUGGACUGGAGCAGGUCCUUCUCUCUCAACGGGCUCCUGAAGGAGUACAGUGUGACUGAGAGCCGGCUGAGGAUCUACACUGGCUUCCACACCUUUCAUCACGUACCACGCACCUCACAGAAGACUCUGUCAUUUCAGGUGACAUGUACCACAGACAGCGGCAGUGCCAGCACUCCCACCAUCAGAUACAGCCCUGCCACAGGCAUAGGUCCGCCUGAGCCAGUGGACGGCAGCCUGCAGGGAGUCAGCAUCUCACCGGCCCCUGUCUACUCUGAGCUGUGGUUUAUCUUGCUGUUAGCCUUCCUGGGUCUGUUUUUGCUAGCCAUAUUACUCGGGCUUGUGCUACACAGAUUCCUGAGGAAGAAUCCCUCUGCCAGGGAGCGCCCUCCACUGGUCACACUGCAGAAGAGCAGGCAGGGAGGAGGAGAAGCGUACAUGAUGUCCUGUCCUGAGUUGUGCUCUAAACAUCAUCCCGGCUCUGUGCCCCUCCCUAAACGUCCCACAGAUCUGACAGAUACAAAGAUAUCCUUCAGUGGCUCGCGGGUUCCCAGCCAAACAGACCUCAGCCACACUUACUCCCAGCAUCCUCUGCACCGCAGCAUCAGUCAGCUAAUUGACAGGAAGUCGCUGAUGGACGAAGGAAGCUGGGAUAAUCCUCUGGGACACGACUCUGGACUGUACGUGGAGGACGACGACUUUGUGGACUCCAUGAGGGCCUAUGGCGCAGUGAGAAAGGAGCACACCAUGUUCACUGACACUCACCUGUAACUCAACAUCCUGACACCUCAUCAGGUAUCACACAUGUGGUCCAAGCCCAGUUUCAGACCACGUCAGUAACACAUCCAUGCCUGUGAUUUGGACAAAACUCUUCAAAAGUAGUUAAAUACUGCUGAGUUGUGAUACAAAUACCACUACACAUUUGUAUAUCAUGCAUUGUCAUACAGUAUGCUCACUAUCAUGUCACAUAUUGUGGUAACUUGUGAAUAACAACUUUUAGAACUAGAGUGAUACGAGCCACCUCUGUAAGCAAUCAUAAUUUCAUUCCAACUCAAAAUUAUGAUCUUGAAGAUUUUUGAAAUGGGAAAUGCAUCAGGAUUGUAUCGAUAGUGUUCAGACCCAAAGCUGCAGAAGGGACCAAACCUCAAGAGCCGAAGGGAAAAGGACAAUGAUUACUGAUUUUUACUGUAAUUUUCAUUCUAACGUGUUACCUGUUGCCACUGUGGGAGAGGUGGGGGCCCAGGUGCUCUCUGAUUUUGCCCCACUUUUGCUCCAGAUCCUGAGGUUUGUCACUUUCUCAGCCCACACACCCAUGGCUUGAUUUGGUCCAUCUGGACUAUCUGGACUGAAAUCAUGCAUUUUACAUUUCAACCCAAUCAUAACCAUCUUUUAGGGAUUCAUAACACAUGGAAUGGUUAUUCUAUCACCUAUUUAGCAGAGGCCAGGAGGUGUUAUUAUUCAUUGCUGUGUAGGCGGCUGGGCGGUAGUAUUAGUUAGAUUAAAAUUUCAGCAGGAGCAGCUGCAGUACUUUGUGCUUACAAGUUAGAUCCAUAUCAGUCGGGAAGCAAAUGUCCAAAUGUUUCAGUCACCUGUUCUGCUUCAACCUUUCUAAUGUCUGUGCCUAGUGGACUUACACAUUGGCAGUAAUAGACUUUAGUUGUAGUGAGACCAAAGGCCUUGGUGUUAGUGUUGAGGCCUAAAAUGCCAACUGUUUUUAAAUGUCUUAAAUAUGGCUGGGAAUCACAGAUGUGCCGUCUGAUUGUAGUGAUUGUUUGAUCAAACUUGAAGGCCUAAUCUGAGAUUUUUUUUAAUUUAUUUUUUGUGGGGUGUGGGGGUGGGAGGGUACCCAUUUUGAUUAUUGACUGAAGGAAUUGGACUUAAUCCACAUUCAUCAAUAGUGCUGUAGUCACCCCAAAUAUACUGUAUGUCAGAUUUCAUGGUAACUAUCAGUGGAAUACAGGUUUGGUGUUGUGUAGUUUUUACUUUCUGUCAGUUCUUGUAUCAAGAAUUUAGUCAAUAGAUUUGAAAAUGAAACAUCCUUUUUUUAUUGUGGGGACAAAGCUUUGUUUACAUUUGGAUUCUGCAGAUUGGGCCUUUAUGUUUAGAAAAAAACAGAAAGUCAUAGAUACUGAGAGCAAACUGUCACUUAUAAGUGUGUAAUGAUAUUUAUGUUGUUUUUUGUUGUUGUGUACACAAUUGAAGCCCAAUGUAUUGUUGUAAAAACUUUUCUUUUUUUACACUGGCAGUGUUAUUUAUGAUUGUUGUAUAAAGUCAUAUUUAUAGAUUAUUGAUUGAUCAAUAUUUGUUUUUUCUGUGCAAUGAUAAAUAAUGUCAGAUGGUCUAGAAAAUA